UUCACAGGUGACUUUGGCGGCCGCCCGCCCUGGGGCGGAGAUCGGGGCCCCGCGGCCCUAACUCUCGCUCUUCAGUUUCCAGGACCAGCCUGCUCCCUUCCCCACUGUCUUGAAAUCCGAAGGUCUGGGUGGCUCGGCGGAGGCCAUGAAAUUGAUCCCGACCGCCUUGGUUUCGCGUAACCGCAACCAUCCGAGAUUCACUGACGCACGCGGAGGGAAACUCUGGCUGUGCGAAGAAUCUCUCCAGAGCCGCUGAAUGUCCCCCUCAUCCCCUCCUGUUUUAAGCCCUGGUGAAGUAGCAGCUGUUUUUCCUGCGGUGAUGUUUGAGAUGCUGACUUUUGACAUCACACCCGGUGUUAUCAGAAAACCCACCCAGCUUCACCAUUACUGUGACAUCGGAGGCUGGAGAAAAUGAUGAAACUGUCCAGACUACUCUCAAGUUUACAUACAGUGAAAAAUACCCCGACGAGGCUCCCCUUUAUGAAAUAUUCUCCCAGGAAAAUCUGGAAGAUAAUGAUGUCUCAGACAUUUUAAAAUUACUAGCUUUGCAGGCCGAGGAGAAUCUUGGCAUGGUCAUGAUCUUCACUCUCGUGACAGCUGUUCAAGAAAAGUUAAAUGAAAUAGUUGAUCAGAUAAAAACAAGAAGAGAGGAAGAAAAGAAGCAGAAAGAAAAGGAAGCAGAAGAAGCAGAGAAGAAACUGUUUCAUGGCACCCCUGUUACAAUUGAGAAUUUCUUGAGUUGGAAGGCCAAAUUUGACGCAGAACUCCUGGAAAUUAAAAAGAAACGAAUGAAAGAAGAAGAACAAGCAGGGAAAAAUAAACUAAGUGGGAAACAGUUAUUUGAAACAGAUCAUAAUCUUGACACAUCUGAUAUCCAAUUCCUGGAGGAUGCUGGGAACAAUGUGGAGGUGGAUGAGUCAUUGUUCCAAGAAAUGGAUGAUUUGGAGCUAGAAGAUGGUGAGGAUGAUCCUGACUACAAUCCUGUUGCCCCAGGGAGUGACUCCUCAGACUGAUGGACUGUCCCUGUCUCCAGAGAGGCGUGACUGCCACAGCAUCUGUGGCUAUGCUGAGAGGGUUUGGAUCUUCCUUUCAUUUUUUUCUAAGAAAAAACAAAUUUUUCAGGAGAAUAUUCUUCUGAUAGCUUUCAUCAUUGAACUUAAUAAACUGCCCAUAAAAUUUCCAAUAUAAAA